AUGAAGGAACUUUUAAAAAAGACUUCAAAAGAGGUAAGAGUACAUUGAACGGAAGGCGCAAACCAUCCUCACGGCAAAUUGGUCAGUCAUACUCUGCUGGCGGAUAGGCUUAGAUGAGAGCUUCUAUCCCAUGACACGGCGUCAUAGCUUGAUGAAUUCUUUUUUAUCAAUUUUUUUUCAAAUAGUAUCAAUUUUAAAGAAGCUGGCAUAACUCAGGCGCCUAUUCGCAGAAUAAUAGUAAUUAUACCAAACGUUUAUUACCUGAUUGGCUGUCAGUAGCCCUGAUUUCGUAGCCUGUUCCAAGCUCCGAGACAGUCGGGUCCCACGUUUCAACGCACGUCCACCAGAAGUGGACUUUUUGCAAUAUUUGGGGCGUGAUUUUGACCAAAUUUUCGGGCAAAACGUCUCUAUGCGAGAAAAGACACAUAGGGAAACAAAUUUGGAAGCGUCAUGUCAUAUCGAAAGAAAAAACUCUCUUCCGGUUGGCGUGCGUCGCUCAAAAACAUCUUUGCUUAAACUCCCUUCGCGAACACGAAAAUAUAUCGGGAGAAAACUGGGGAGAGGAAGCGCCAGUACACACGGUUAUAUUUCCGCGUUAUCCCUACUAUCUGAGAGCCUGGAAAAGGCUACUGAUUUUGCACCAUUCAUCUCUCGCCUGUAAUAUAUAUAUUUUAAGGAUUUUUAUUCUCUUUAGAGAUGACGUUCAAAUGGAAAAAAACGAGCUGAGAAAUGUCACAUUUUUUGUAGGCUACAAGAAGUCUCUUGUCUUUCUUUCAUAGCACGUAAAGCGCAACGCCAAAAGUAAAGAGCCACGAGUGUUACGCAGCUCUUGCUUCUUGUGUCUCAAAGCGCCCAUAACACGCAGCUCACUUUGGAAAAAACGAAUAAAUGACUACUGGCAUUUUAUUGUCUCUAUUUGAGUAACUUUGUAUUUUCUUUCCAGUUAAAAUCUAAAUCGAAAGAAAAGGAACAGGUUUCAGCAAAAGAAAGAAAACAAAUUUCAGAAGGCGACAAAGAGAUUCACUUGGAAGAUGCAAGUAAGGUGUAAAGUGGAUUUCAGACUAGUUUAACCGACAUCAUUAUUCACUAAAUGAAACUUAAAUAAUAACAGUAAAAAGUCAGUUGGAGCCGUCUAAGUAGGUAUAAACCACUAUUACCGUAAUAAGAUAUUAAAAAAGAAUUACUAAGUUUUUGCAUUGGAACUGCGGGAUGAAGAAAUACAUGUAUAGAAGAUGAUCGAAGUGAAGAACGUAAGAGCUGUGAAAAGAUUUUAAACACUUUCCUGUUUUUUUUUCUUCGAUCCUUCCGUCGAGUGGGAGGCUCGCUUCGCUUGCCCAAAUAGGAGAGCUUGCUCGCAGGCUAAGUGGAUCUUUGGACUCUACUCGGGUAGGAUUCACAAAGAAAUCGUUAAAAGGUUAUGCUACCUAGGUACGUCAAGUCAGGAACUCAAGUCGUUUGAAAGCUACCUUACAGUCCGCAUGCAGCUAACACGGGUCGGCACCUCACUAUCGGAUCAGCUCACAGUAAAUUAUGGCGUGCCGCAAGGGUCUAUCUUGCGCUCUGCAAUGUUAAGUCUACAUAUGUAUGAUCUCCCAAACGCAGUCCAGUUUAGCAGCGUGGAAUCUUAUGUGGAUGAUACGAAGAUUUUUCUGUCCUUCUCGUCUAAGGAUGUUGACCUCUCGCUGGCGAGAAACUCUGAAGACCUCCGCCAUGCUGCCAAGUAGUGCUGCUCAAAUCAACUGCUGAUUAAUCCUAGCGAAACCAAACUCAUUGUGCUUCGAGCCAGACAGCUUUUGACGCAAGUCAGGAAAACUGGUGACAUGAGUGUACCCGUUCUUUGGACAAGCGCUCGUUCCUGUUUCGUCUGUCAAGUAUUUAAGAAUUGUACUGAACUCUCAUUGAACUUUUAAUGAACAUUUUACCUGCAUAACGUCUUCUCGCUUGUCUACCUUGUGUCAGAUAAAUUGGGUUAGGUAUCUGUUCUCUAGACCUGUUCUGAUCCUAAACUCGCUUGUACUUACUAAGUUAUUCUGUUAUACGUUUCUGGGCUGGUACCAUCAAGCAAAACCUACAAAAGUUACAACUGGUGUAAAACUUUGCUGCUCGUCUUGUGACUAACACUAAGAAGCUCGAUGAUGUUACAGUGGCCCUCAGUCAAGAGUCACCUGGAAGUACGGGACGUCUGCGCUUUAGUAUUAUAUUAUCAAUUGCCUUGCGCCUGCCUGCUAAGCCAGUAACAUCGGCAAAAGGUCGGAUACACAUAAUUACAGCACAAGGCAUAAAGAUCAGUUACAAUUUCCUUUGUAAAUUAUCUCAGAAUAGCCCCCCCACCUCGCGAGAGAUAAUGAAGUUAUUGUAUUGUAAAAUCGGCUAACCUCAAUGAAGCUGUGUUUUUCCCUUUUGUGUGUGAUUCCUGAGCCUGUUUCUUCUUUUAUAUAUAUCAUAUGGAGAACAGACUAGUUUCAACAAAACCCAUACAAUGGCCCUGGAAAGAAGAAAUUCACAUCACCAUGAGGUUACUCGAUUUGCAUUAAUUUCCUUCACAUUCGCGGACUACAGAAAUAAUCGUUUCCUUUAUACAAAUCCUUAUAUUUUGAAGGUUAUGCUGGCAACAUUACGGUAAUCUUUCGACCUUGGGUCACCUGUGCCUUAAAAAGUCAAAACCACAUGUUUUGGCAACGCACAUACCCAUAACACUUCUAACGAGAAAGUGACCACGAAAACUGAAACGGUCAUAUGAUUGUGUUAUUCAUCCUUUCGCUGAAUGAAAUUGUUGUUUUCCAGUUUUUCUCCUUCACUUGUUAGGCCCUGUUUAAACGCUUCGGAAAAAUAUUUGAACGGACAAAAAAUGCACGAAUUCGACUUUCGGUUACUCGGGACCCGCGGAACCGUGCAAGUUAUCGAACGGUAAACAAAACUGCAACCCCAGAGGAGGAUCGAAUAGUAUCCCAUGAUGCAUUUUUCCAGAAGCAUCACGCAAUAUCGUAGUCAUGGUAGAUUCCAUCAUGAAAUAAGGUCGUUUUCUCGUCGGCUUUUUUCUCACUCGAUUUCCAGUAAAAGUAAAAAAAUUACAUUAUUUCGUUAUUUGACAUGAUUUCUCCGAUUUGCAAUGGCUUAAGAGCGAAGUUUCCACUUAGAAACAUUUAUUUUCACGGUUUCAAUUAGUCUUCCCAUCACAAAGUGUUCAUUGACCCACAACCAGGUCAUGAAUAUUCAAGGUUUUUUGGAAUAUAUGUUGAAAUCUUACAAAUGUGGACCUCACGCCAGCAAAAUGAAGUCCUGAAUAUUGUACAGGCCAAGAAGUACCCAGAAGUACCCACAUUUUGAAGACUUUUUUGUCGACCACAGAUGGCUGAAAUUUCGAAUCUUUUAUCACAUUUCAACGCCAUGUGUCAUAAUAUAUGUGUAAAGCCUGAUGAAGGCUACAAUCUGUUGGGCGCUUUUGAGAGCGCUUUAUGCCGAAGCAAUCACUUUGUAUUUUCAAAGAGGUUAUUUUUAAAAGGAAUUUGACUAUAAUUAUUUUAAUUCAAAGAAGGAGCGGUGUAUAACGGUGUGUUUCAGUGUGAAAAGAACCCAAAGAAAGGAACCACGCAGCAUGCAAGCCGGCACAACGUAAACUGAAGCCUGCUCAGAAUUUGAAAAAGAAACAUCAUGCAGAGACUUUAUUUAUUCAAAAGAACAGAUCAGUAUUCUGGCCAGGAAAUUUCCUUGAAGAUUGCUUGAGUCAGUACCGGGUAGACUGUGCUUCAGAGAAUUGUUUGUCGCAUCGAUAGGUUAAAUUUUAUUUGUAACUGCCAUUGUAAACUUCAGCUCCUUUGAGCGCGAUGCUGUGAUAAAUUAUCCUUUGGUGAUUAGCUUCACAGCGUAGCGGAUGUUUUGUUGGAACCACUUUAUAGAUCAGUCAUAGUUUUGGUUCUCCUCUGGCCUGGGUUCUCCUAGUGAACCUAGCGAAGCUUAUCAAUUGCGAGUCUUAUAAUUUGUGUUUACAGUGCGACCGAGCGCGGCACAAGUAGUUCUCGACAGAUCAGUGAAAUACAUGCAAAACCCUUCUCAGUCAAAGCAACGCUGAAAUUCUCCUUUAAAGCACAGUGAAUAUUAGCCAACUCGAUAAUCUCAAAAGCAGAAGCUGCUGAACCGAAACAUGUUUGGAAACCAUCCACAUCGAGCACUGCGAUCGAUGUUCAAUUCGCGCGUGCUGAAGGUUACUGAUCAUAAUGUGUCACGUACGCAGUGAUAAUAUAACAUGAAUCGAGGUGCAUCAUGGGAUACUAUUCGAUCGUCGUCUGCUGCAACCCGUAACAUAAUUUGCACGGGUAAAAAAAUUCGUCCGUUAAAAAGUUUGUCCGAACCUAUGUAAACGGUGUCGUCAUUACAACGGCCGCUACUUAUGCUUUGAUUUUAAUUUCAGUCCCAUACGACGCUAUCAGCACUCUGCAAACUGCUUUUGGGGAAUUGGAAACACAAGCAACGGGCGCUAUGAAUGGUCUAACUGAGCUAAAGGGACAGUGGAAUGAGAUCUCGUUCGGUGAUAGAGAGGUUAUGACGCAGACUCUACAGGCCGCUGCCUCAAAUAUUCACAAGUUUUUAAAUGCAGGAAGUGAUCCAAUUGGCGCAGUACAGGGAGCACUCAACAUGGUGGCACAGUUUGCAGCUCUUGCCGGUCCCACUGGCCAAAUUGCUGCCGUCGCCUUAAGCUUCGUCUCCGGGUAUCUGAGUCUUUUUGGAGCGGGAGGAUAG